AUGAAAGAAAGACAUGCUAUUAGAGCUGCCCUUGUACUUUCAUAUCUUCUUCUAGUCGUCGGAGGAAAAGAUGCAAGAACUACAACACAAUGGGAAAAUACUAGCCCAUUCCUUAUGCAUCGACAAAUUAAUAAAACCAUUGUGAUGGAAGGAGAAGAUAUCUAUGAUUGCAUAGAUGUGAAUCUACAACCAGCUUUAAGCCACCCAUUAUUGAAAGACCACAAAAUUCAGAUGGAACCAAGUUCUUUUCCGAUUGGACUGAAUGUAAAACCUCUGUUGAGACAAGUUAUUUCACAAGCGCAUCUGUCUAUUUUGGAAUGCCCGACAGGAAUGGUUCCAAUACUGCGUAAUAGGAGAAGGGACCAAAUAUCAUCAAAAAAAAUCGAUAUACUGAUUAACAAAGAUGAAGAACAAGAGGUGGCCGGAAUCAAAUACUAUGCUGAUUUAUAUGGAGUGCGAGCUACAAUAAAUGUUUAUGAGCCAAAGGUGAAGAAUGGUAGCAACGAUUCUAGUCAAACGGCGAUUCAAAUUGAUAACGGACCAAGGGGCCAUGUAGACAGCAUAUGUGUUGGUUACGCAGUAUCUCCAAGUGCCCAUGGUGAUAACUUUGCAAGGUUUCAUGCUGGUUGGCGUAACGGCAAGUUAAAUAAAACAUGCUUUGAUCACGACUGUCCUGGUUUUGUGCAAAUUAGCCACAAUGUUGGUCUUGGAGGAAGAGUGCAACCUGUUUCAGUGUACAAUGGACCACAAUAUGUAAUAAACAUUCUUAUCUUCAAGGACCCAAAGACAAAAAACUGGUGGUUGUCUUACGGCGAAGAUAACACACCUAUUGGAUAUUGGCCAAGUUCAUUAUUCACUAGCAUUAAUAAUAAAGGAAAUUUUUCAUUUUGGGGCGGGACUGUUUCAGGACCGACAGCCUCAUCAGAUUCCCCACAAAUUGGUAGUGGUCAUUUUGCCUCCGAAGGAUAUGGAAAGGCAUCUUUUAUGCGAAACAUUCAAAUUGUUGAUGAGAACAGCAAGCUUGUUACUCCAAAUGAAUACAAAGACCGUUAUGGCACUAGUGAUACAAGGAAAUAUAGCGUUGAUGGUUAUAAAGUUAAUAAGUAUGGUAUGCACAUGUACUAUGGUGGACCAGGCAAUUUAGUAUGA